GGAAAGUGAUUUUCUUAAAAUCAAAUAUUAACACACACCACACACACUUCAGUGUGUGUGUGUGUCGACUGAACCAAGGGGAAACAAACCCCAAGCCCUCAAGUUCUACAAAUUCAGUAAAUUGAAGCAGAAUUCUUGGUCCAAAUCAAUGCAUGUUUGCAUAGAAACGAUCAUCUAAGCUAGACAAACGAUUGGAAUAAAAGAAGAAAGUUCAAAUCAAUCCGGGUCGCAAGCGAAGGACGGCAAAGAUGGCAAGUGGAGGAAAUACGCAUACUACCGAACGUAUAACUCGAGAUGAGUUAAACAAGAUGAUUUCCGAUGAAGUAACGAAGGCAAUUGAUUCAAAUGUUUCAAGGCUAGCACAAGAAGUGGAGGGUCAAGUAUUAAGUACAGUGGAGAACAUGGUCACUAGCAAAGUAGAGGAGUUGAAAGAGAUGAUAACGGGGAUUCAAGGCAAGAAGGAAGUAAGACGGUGCACCUACAAAGAUUUCAUGGCAUGUAAGCCUACGACUUUUAACGGGGAAAUUGAUCCCAUCGAAUGCCAAAGAUGGAUAGCCAACAUGGAAGGGGUGUUCAUUCGAAGCCAUUGCGACAAGGAAGACCAAGUCAUGUUUGCCACGGGGCAACUCAUGCGAAGGGCUAAAGAUUGGUGGGACUCGUAUAGUAAGGAGAUUGGAGAAAAUCGAGUUCAAACCUUGACUUGGCAAGAAUUCAAACAGCCUUUUAUCAAGUACCAUUGUCCACAAUCAGCUGUGGAUCGGAUUCAAGAAGAUUUUCUCCGAUUGCGACAAAGGGAUGAAUCAGUUAAUGAAAUCACGAACACUUUCCUCGAUCAGCUGAAGUUUUGUGAAGAGAUAGUUGGGACAGAAAGGAAGAAGAUCAUUCGUUAUCAUGGCAUGCUCAAAGCUGAAAUUCGGGAGUUCAUAACUCCUUCAAAAUGUGAAACCUUGGACGAGAUCAUUGAUUUAGCAAGGGAUAGAGAAAUCGAGAUAAAGAGGCAAGAUGAACGUGGGGAGAAAAGGCAAGUUGAGAAGGGGUCAACUCAGGGCUCAUUCAAGAAACCCAAAACGCAAGAUCAAGGAAAGAAGGAGGCUUCCAAAGGCGGGUUCCCACGAUGCAAAACAUGUGGAAAACCCCAUUCUGGUGAAUGCUUAUUGGGAAGGAAGGGGUGUUACAAUUGCGGGCAAGAAGGGCAUCCGUACUAUAACUGUCCGAAUCCUAAGAGGGUGUGCUACAAUUGUAAUGAAUCGGGCCAUGUGAAAGCUGAUUGCCCAAAGCUCAAACAAGGGUCGAAGAAGGAAGGAAAGAAAGAAGAAACCACGAAAGCGAAGGGAAGAAUGUUUCAAAUCUCCACGGAAGAAGCAAGAGCUCACCCGAAUGUGGUCUCAGGAAUAAAAGAAGAAAGUUCAAAUCAAUCCGGGUCGCAAGCGAAGGACGGCAAAGGUAAAUCUACUUGUUAAAUGGCGUCACUCGGAUCGAACACACUCAUGAAGCACGCUUCCGCAAGGAUAUUAGCUUUGGUCAAAACUUUGUUAAAUGUACUUUUUGGUAAAAUGGGUCUUUUUGUAAGUAACAAAACUUGUUUGUUGUUAGAUGUCGAACUCGUAGUCGAAGACAAUGUUAGUUGUUUAUGAAUGUUGGGUUGUAAGUUAAUUUAACAUCUUCUAGUUAGUCAUGCUAUGGUUAAAAUGCAGAAGUUUUGCUUAUGAAUUAUUUGACCCGUUCGGUAA